AUGAUCCCAGCUGGUAGAAGAUCAAAAAUUAGACCACCAAGAAAAUCACUUAUUAGUUCAUCUGCUGCUGCUGAAAACUCAACAACUGAUGCAGUUAUAGAUUUUGAUAAAAAUUGGUCAGUUUUAGCAAAUGCAAUAUCUCAAAUUCAAAAUAAAAAUGUAUCGAAUCUAUCUUAUGAACAACUUUAUAGAAAAGCAUAUGUAUUAGUAUUGAGAAAAUUUGGUGAGAAAUUAUAUAACAACGUUGCAAUUAAGAUUCAAAAUCAUUUACUUUUUAAAAGGAAGAAAUUAUUAUCAAAUUUGAAUUCUGAAUCAUUUAUGUCUAGUUUAUUACAAGAAUGGGAUGAACAUCUACAAUCUAUGAAAUUUAUAAGUGAUGUUCUAAUGUAUUUGAAUAGAGUAUAUGUCAAAGAGAAUAAAAAAUUGCUAAUUUAUGAUUUGGGGAUCCAGUUAUUUAAAGAUUACAUUAUAAAAUGUAAUCAUGAUGAAGUUGGUUUUAAAGUUGUUGAUGUUGUAUUGGAUGAAAUAACAAGAAGUAGAUCAGGUCAAGUCAUUACUUCAAAUAUGUAUAUAACGAAGAUUAUAAGUAUGAUGGAAUUACUUAUUGAAGGUAAUGAGAUGCAAUUAUAUGGUGAAAAUUAUUAUCAAACUGUUUUUGAACCUAAAUUUUUGAGCAGUUCAGGAACAUUCUUUCAAAAUCUAUCACAAGAGUAUAUUUCGUAUAAUCUGGGAUCGAAAUUCCUACAUUUAACAACACAAUUUAUAAAAGAUGAAGAAAAUAGAAUUAAGUUUUAUUUACCGUCAUCUACAUAUCCUAAACUUAUUGAUUUAAUGAAUAAUAUAUUAAUUAAGGAUAAACUAGAUAAAAUGAUGCUAGAAUCAAACCAAGGGUUGGAAUAUUGGUUGAAACCUAUCACUAAUAACAUUUUCGAUGGUAAUGAUACUUAUCAUUUCACAGAUUUAAAACUAGCGUAUAAUUUAAAUGGUAGAUUUGAUGAUGAAUAUCAAUUAUUUAGAGUCAGAUUAAGAGAAGCAAUAGUCAAUGCAGGUAAUGCUUUUCCAGGUAUUGUACGAAAUUCAAUUGAAGCAUCAAAGAAAGGUAAUUCCACUGCAUUUGCUACGAAAUGGAUUGAAAUUGUACUAAAAUUCAGAGAGCAAAUGAACCUAGUAUGGAAAGACUCAUUUGAUCAGAAUCCUUUAUUAGAACAAACUAUCACAUUUGCAAUGAGAGAUUUUAUAAAUGGAACUAAAAGAAAUCCAGUUAAUGCACCAGAAUUAUUAUCAAUUUACAUGGAUUUCCAUAUUAAACAACAAGGUAAAUCUAAAGAAAUGACAAGUGGGGAUCCAACACAAGAAUUAAUUGAAAAUUCAAUACAAUUUCUCAGAUUUAUUAAAGAUAAAGAUGCAUUUGAAGCUAAUUAUGCAAAUCACUUUGCUAAGAGAUUUUUAAACUCGAAAAAUUCACAGAAUAAAGAUAUCGAUAUUGAAGAAAUGAUACUUGGUAAAUUAAGUGAAGAAAUGGGUACUUCAUCAUUAGACAAGGUAAUUAAAAUGAAUAAAGAUAUUAAUUCCUCACGAGAUUUAACUAAUGAAUGGAAGAAAUAUUUAUUGAAAAAUACAAAAUUAAAUUUGGUAGAAUUAGAUUUGAAGAUUUGUAAUGUAAAUGAUUGGCCAAAAUCAAUGACAAAAGAUUAUAAAUCGUUUACUAAGUCUGAAGAACCAACAAGUUUCAAAUGGCCAAGACAAUUACGUUCAACAAUGUCUGAAUUUGAAGAAUUUUGGUCAAAUGGUAAAAAGAAUGAUAAUAAAUCAUUAUAUUGGUCACCUAAAUUUGGAUCAAUGGAUUUAAGAAUUACAUAUCCUUCAAGAACUUAUGAAUUUAACUUGUCUACGUAUGCUGGGAUAAUUAUGUUGUUGUUUGCACCACAAUCAACUAAUCCUGAUGGUUCAUUAGUGUCAGCAUUCAAAGAACAAAAACAAUUGACAUAUUUAGAAAUUGUUGAGUUAACAGGUAUACCAGAACAAGAAUUAAAACGUCACUUACAAUCAAUUGCAGUUGCUCCUAAAUCAAGGUUAUUAAUUAAAAUACCAAUGUCAAAGGAUGUGAAUGAAACUGAUGUUUUUAAAUUAAAUGAAAAGUUUAAAGCACCAAGUGUCAAAGUUAAAGUUUUGACUGUUUCAUCAGCAACCACAAAAGUUAAAAAAGUUUCAGAACAAGAAGAGAAAGAAGAAGUUGAUAGUAAUAUAACCGAAGGUAGAAAGAUUGAAGUAAAUGCUGCAAUUGUCAGAAUUUUAAAAUCCAGACAGACCAUAAAACAUAAUCAAUUGAUAGAAGAAUUGAUCAAGCAGUUGAGUAACAGAUUCCAACCACUGAUUAUAUUGAUUAAACAAAGAAUUGAAGACUUAAUAGAGAAAGAAUAUUUGAAACGUGAUGAUGAAGAUAGAACACUUUAUCAUUAUAUAGCGUAA